AACUAAACCUCGCACAAGCCAAUGCCACGAUGUACGCUACCACCUCUCGUGUUCUCUCGGCCUCCAAUUUACGCAUAUCCUCCCUGUUGGUUUCGCACAUCACGCCUGUCGCCGGACCACGAGGAGGAAGACGAGUGCUACGCCCAUCUCCUGCAGAGAUGUGCCCAAACCUCCGACCUCCGCCUCGGCACUGCCAUCCACUCCCAACUCCUCAAGCGCCCCUUCCUCCAUUCCUCCCUCUUCCUCCAAAACCACCUCCUUAACAUGUACUUCAAGUGCUGCCGCGAGCCGUCUCUGCCCGUCCAUUUGUUCGACCAAAUGCCCCUGCGAAACGUCGUCACAUGGUCGGCCGCCAUCGCCGGCCUCGUCCAGUGUGGGCGUCCCCUCCAGGCCCUCUCCCUCUUCUACGACAUGCAUCGUGAAGGCGUCAGGCCCAAUGAGUUCGCCCUCGUGAGCGCGCUGAACGCCGCCUCGCUCUCUGAUGGUUGUUCCCAAGCUCGGCAGAUUUACUCUCAGGUGAUCCGGCUCGGCUUCGACUCCAAUGUGUUCUUGAUCAACGCUUUCCUCAUGUCGUUGAUCAGAAAUGGGAGAAUGGAGGAAGCGGCGGAGGUGUUCGAUAAAUAUGGUGCCAAGGAUGUGGUUUCGUGGAACUCGAUGCUUGCGGGUUAUCUGCAAUGUUCCUACUCGGACUUAUGGAGAUUCUGGUGUCGGAUGAGUCGAGCAGGGUUGAGGCCGGAUGAGUUCUCUUUCAGUAGCGUCCUCACAGGGUUGGCAAAGGCUUCGUGCUUAAGGAGCGGCGUGCAGGUUCAUGGCCAGGUCGUUAGGCACGGCCAUGGCGAGGAUGUCUGCGUGGGGAAUUCACUGGUGGAGAUGUACCUGAAGAACAAAGAUUUAGUUAGCAGUUCCAAAGCCUUUGCAGAGAUGCCAUGGCGCGACGUGGUCUCGUGGACACAGAUGGCCGCAGGUGCCCUGGAUUGCGGGCAGCCGGCGGAAGCACUCAGAAUCGUAGAUCAGAUGAAGCUGGCGGGUGUGAGACCAAACAAGUUCACGCUCGCAACGAUGUUUAAUGCGUACUCGAGCUUGACUUCUUUGGAGGAAGGGAGGAAGGCACAUGGGUACAGAAUCAAGCUAGGAGACGAGGUCGAUGAGUGUGUCGACAAUGCACUCGUGGACAUGUACGCCAAAUGUGGUUCUACGGGCAGCGCACUGCAGGUGUUCCGAUCGAUGAAGCAGCGGUCGGUCAUCUCAUGGACUGCGAUGAUCAUGGGAUUGGCGCAAAAUGGACGCGGUCGAGAAGCCGCGGAGGCUUUCGACGAGAUGAUUGCAGAGAAGGUGAGGCCAAAUUACAUCACACUCAUCUGUGUCCUGUAUGCAUGCGGUCAAGGAAGAUUAGUGGAGAAAGGAAGAAGGUACUUCGACUCCAUGGAGCGAGAUCAUGGUAUCGUACCUGGGGAAGAUCACUACGCGUGCAUGGUGGAUCUCCUUGGAAAGGCAGGCUGCAUUGCGGAGGCGGAGGAGUUGAUACGGAGCAUGAUUUCGAAACCCGGCGUGCUCGUUUGGCAGACAUUACUGGGUGCUUGUCAGCUUCAUGGCGAUGUGGAGACCGGUAAGAGAGCAGCAGAGCAGGCACUUGCCAUGGAGGAGAAAGACCCGUCGACGUAUGUUUUGCUGUCGAACAUGUUUGCCGACGCGAAAAAUUGGGCUGUGGCAGGAAGGAUUCGAGAACUGAUGGAAGAAAGAGAAGUCAGGAAAAUGCCGGGGUCCAGUUGGACGGGAGCAUGAAGAGGUUGCAGGACCCUUAUUAUUACCGCAUCGUGGAGCUUCUCAGCAGUAUUUGA